GGCCGCGCGCGCGGGAGGGUCUCUGCAGCCGUAGCGGGUCCGCGCGCCACACCAUGCCAGCGGCGGCGUAGGGCCUGCCCGGCCAAGCAUGGACUUUCAGAGCGCCAUGGAGACGUUCGCGGAAGCUUGGGUGGCGGCCAACACCAAGGGCGGCGGUCUGGGAGACGGGUGCGCUCAGACGCAGGCCAUGGCGCUGACGAGGAACUGCCGCACGCCGACGCCUCCGCCGCCCCCGCCGCCGCCGCACGCCGAGGCGCCCGCCCCCGCAGACAGCUCGUCGCGCGACGCCGCCCCCUCCAAGGAAGGCUGCGGCAAGUCGCUGCCCGUGCACUGCGUGGUGGAGGCGGUGUCCACGCUGGACGACAGCCAGUGCGCGUGGCGGCUCCGCCCGGCCGUCGAGACGGACAGCUACGUCAUCAUCCCGGCCGGCACGGCGUUCCACGACCUGGUGCGAGUGGUGCUGCAGCGACUGGGGUACCCGCGCGACGCCGCGUCAGCCUCCAAAGGCUCGGUGAUCAUAAAGAACUGGAAGCCGCUGAGCUUCGACAAGAUAGCAGACGCGCCGUCGGCGACUGUUGGCGACAUCCUGGGGGAGCUGACCACAGUAGCGACCCUGAGGAUACAACUGUACCGUGCUCGGCCAUCAGUACUCUCAGAAAUAAAAGAAAAACUUCUCCGAUUGUUGAUCUCGAAGUCACACAAUCUUCUUCUAUCUUCUGGCUGUCCAUUAGACGAAGCUACGCUGUCGCAGCUGUGCCGCGGCGCGCCGCAGCCCCUGGCGGAGCCCUCGGAGGACUGCCGCCGCAGGUUCGAGCAGUGGUGGGGCGCCCAGGCGGCGCAGCAGCCCCCCAGACCGGAGCUCAGCCCUCAGCGCGCCUCGCCGGCCAAGUGUCCCGAGCGCCCCGUCGGGUCUGGGACGACCGACCCUGUCCACCCGGCCCUGCAGACGGUGCAGAGCCAGUACCCCACGCAGAAGACCCGCAUGAGGACCAGCUUCGACCCCGAGCUGGAGCUGCCCAAGUUGCAGCGCUGGUUCUCCGAGAACCAACACCCCAGCAGACAGCAGAUCCACCACUACGUGAAGGAGCUGAACGGGCUGGAGUCGCGGCGAGGCAGGAAGCCCUUGGACGUGAACAACGUGGUGUACUGGUUCAAAAACGCGCGCGCCGCGCAGAAGCGGGCGGAGCUGCGUAGCGUCGGGCCAGGCAUGGGCUGCCCGCUGUCGCUGAACGGCUACAGCAGCAACAGCCACAGCCCGCCGCAGCCCGUGGGCCUGCUGCUCGGCCCGGCCCACCAGCAGCACGCGCGCAGCCCCGGCCGCGGCUACCCGCCCUCCGACACCUCGGAGCCCGAGCCCGCCGACGAGGAGCCGCUCCCUGCGCGGCCGCGCGACUACCGCGACUACCGCGACUACCGCGACCCGCGCGAGGAGCUGCGCACCUCGCAGGCCGCCGACGGCCGCUACUCGGCCAGUCCGUCGGCGCCGCUGUCGCUCACCACCGGGGACAAGGAGGGCGAGAGGGCGUCGCCGGCGCCCAAGGAGAGGAGCCGGCGGCAAGACGUGGCCGACGACAGGACGAAUGGCAACGAGGUGGCCGACGAGGAACCAGGGAGGUCGAGGUUUCCCAGCCCCGAGGCCCCGCUGUCGCUGGCGCUCAAUGGCAAGGACCGGCCACCGUCACCCCUCAGCCAGCACCUGCCCAUGGUGGAUGGAAUCAAGCAGGAACCACCAGACACAUCACCGAGUCUAGCAACUGCUAACUACAGCAAUAACUUAACGAAGCCCGACGACGAAAAUGUGUCGGAAAUGGAAGACGAUGAUGACGAAGAAGCUGAAGAUUUGGACGAUAAACAGAAAGAAACCAUGGAUGGAGAAGAAGAAUCUGGCAUGGGCGCCGCGCGUUUGGAGGAGCGCCUGCGCGCGUACCGCAGCCCCAGCCCGCGCGGAUUGGCCGGCGAGCCGCCUGACCUUGAGCGACUGGCGGCUGGGUUCCCGCUGGUGCCCAACUCCAUGUUCUCGCACUCCAUCAUGUACAUGAGCCACUACAUCCCUGGCCUGGCGCACCAGCACCGCGGCCCGCCGGCCUCAGUGUCCGGCGCUGCGCCGCACGCGGGACUGAACCUGUCGGCCGCGCUAGCCGACGAGCGCCGCAAGCGAAACCGCACCUUCAUCGACCCCGUGACGGAGGUCCCCCGGCUCGAGCAGUGGUUCGCCCUCAACACGCACCCGUCGCACAACCUCAUCCUCAAGUACACGGACGAGCUUAACCGCAUGCCCUACCGCCAGAAGUUCCCGCGCCUCGAGCCCAAGAACGUGCAGUUCUGGUUCAAGAACAGGCGCGCCAAGUGCAAGCGCCUCAAGAUGUCGCUGUUCGAGGCCGGAGGCCAGGCAAACCACCAUCUGCAGCAGCUGCCCUACCACCGGGGGCAGUCUCCCGGGGGAGACCCGCUGCGAGGGGGCGACUAGCGCACGUGCAGCACCCUGCUGCUCCACUAGCCCUGGCGCUCCUCUGCAGCAGCUGCCCUACCACCGGGGGCAGUCGCCCGGGGGAGACCCGCUGCGAGGGGGCGACUAGCGCACGUGCAGCACCCUGCUGCUCUACUAGCCCUGGCGCUCCUCUGCAGCAGCUGCCCUACCACCGGGGGCAGUCGCCCGGGGGAGACCCGCUGCGAGGGGGCGACUAGCGCACGUGCAGCACCCUGCUGCUCUACUAGCCCUGGCGCUCCUCUGCAGCAGCUGCCCUACCACCGGGGGCAGUCGCCCGGGGGAGACCCGCUGCGAGGGGGCGACUAGCGCACGUGCAGCACCCUGCUGCUCUACUAGCCCUGGCGCUCCUCUGCAGCAGCUGCCCUACCACCGGGGGCAGUCGCCCGGGGGAGACCCGCUGCGAGGGGGCGACUAGCGCACGUGCAGCACCCUGCUGCUCUACUAGCCCUGGCGCUCCUCUGCAGCAGCUGCCCUACCACCGGGGGCAGUCGCCCGGGGGAGACCCGCUGCGAGGGGGCGACUAGCGCACGUGCAGCACCCUGCUGCUCUACUAGCCCUGGCGCUCCUCUGCAGCAGCUGCCCUACCACCGGGGGCAGUCGCCCGGGGGAGACCCGCUGCGAGGGGGCGACUAGCGCACGUGCAGCACCCUGCUGCUCUACUAGCCCUGGCGCUCCUCUGCAGCAGCUGCCCUACCACCGGGGGCAGUCGCCCGGGGGAGACCCGCUGCGAGGGGGCGACUAGCGCACGUGCAGCACCCUGCUACUCCACUAGCCCUGUCGCUGCUCUGCAGCAACCACCAGACCAUGGGCUGCAGUUUAUUGGCUAUCGUAUUCCCUUAUGGCUUAAUUUCACAGAUAUGAAACUUCCAACAUAAAGUGCAGCCAACUGACAGCUGGCCAGUUUCCAAGAACGUGCCCGACUCUGAAUGCUCUACUGCUAAUAAUAUACCCUGUAAAAUGAUAGUUCGUUAUGAAUAAGUAAUUAUAAAGAAUGUGCAUUUCUUGCGGGUCAGAGACUUCUUAGGCAGAAUGCACAGUCCCUCUCCAUCGUUUGUAACUCUGUAUGUGGGAUUGAGAUGUUUUAAAGAUGUUACAUAUAAUACAUAUUUUUUUCACUAGCGCUGGUUUACCAAUGAUUCAGAAUCCUUUUCAUGGCAUGUGAUAUAGUCCUUGUCAUAAUUUAGGAGACUUAAAAAUAUAUGUGUUUCUGGUUUAAUUUUUUUUUUAAUUAAUGUUCUUUGUUGGCAACAAAAUAUGUUUGCCGUAAUCAUGACAUAUUUUGCGUUGGGCAGAAAAUUUUGUUCUCAAGUGUAGGUAUACUAAAGUGAAUUUCCCAUGUGUAAAUCGAACUUCAGCUUCUCAUGCCACAAAAACGGCCAGAUAUACCGACGCGACGACACAGCGAAACUUAAUAUGUCAAUAGAUACUCAAUUGCAGACCCAACCAGUGCACGAUCUGUAACAGCAUGAAGUGACCAAAUAGACUUAGGUCAUUCCGGGAGUUGCGUGCAGCCAAAAGUCGAUCGAGCACACCUUCAUCAGAAGAACUGGCCCGCCAUUGUCUUCUUCCAACAAAUUCUUCGUUAUGGCGUAGAGACCUGCAAAAUUCACGGAUUCAUUUCGUGAUAUGUUAUAAUACAAAUAAUUAUACCUUAGCGCUGCUUUUACCACUGGUUCACUGUUAAUAUGGAGUAAUGAGGGCCAAUUAGAAACCCUCGCUCAAAGAAGUGUCGAAUCACAGACACUCAGUCGAGACGACUCACAAGUCAGCAACCAAUGAACAGGUGGUAUUUGCCCGAGUGUGUAGAGUGUAGUAGAGUCUAUCCUGGAGGUCACUGAACCCGCGAAUUUUGCAGGUCUCUAGUUAUGGGACUAGGCCGUGUAAAACACACUGGCUGUUUUGGGAAGUCCCUAAGUUGUGGUUGGAACUGCCCGCACCGCUGAAGAGAAGUCUACACUACAUCUAUGAGCCACUAUACAUUUUUGGACAGCUUCAAUCCACAAGUACCAUUCAAUGUUUUCUCUCUUUUCGUUCAUAGAUUGUAUUUUACCGAUAAAGAAAAUAACUUUAAUAAUUUUAAAAUUGUUUCCCUCACACGAAAAUUAACCUACUGUGGAAAGCAUGGAAACUUGCAUUAAUUUUGAAUAAAGGUUGUAAAGAAGAGUUAGGUUGGCAAUAUGAAUCCCAGAUGGUGAUAAGACUGUCAAAAAUCCUAAGUUCAGCUUGAAACAGUUUGAUAUGGACACUAACUACAGUACUUUUCUUUCUCAGAAGGGCUACCGAGACCAGACAUUUUCUCUCUGCAAUAUCAAGGAAGAAACGACCAAGUCUAUGAAGACAGUUACGAUCUACGUGUUUGCACACUGCCGCGUGUACCAGCCUGUGUGGGAAAUUACCGCAGAAUUGGGAGAGCGUGGGGCAGGUCUAAACCCAGUCAAACUUUUAUUCUUUAUUUCAACAGGAGUGCGAAGAAUUCUUCGGAAAAUAUGAGCAUAAAUUGAAAAAUAUAAUUAUUUUAUGAUCUCUUUGAAUGAAUAACUAUGGUUGUUACAAAAACAGCAAUGUUAUAUUAUUGAGAAAACUGAAUAUUUACGUCUAUAUUUUCCCUAGUUUCAUCUGCUUUGAAGAAUUUUCCUCACUUUUGACUAUGCUUUGAGGACCCAAAAACAAUAACUUAUACAUAAAAAAAUUCUAUCAAUUGCAUAAAUUGUUUAUGAUAAAAAAAAUUAUUUGCUGUCAUACAAAAAUUAUAUAUUUAUAAAUUUAUUUUUGUUGGCAGUUUCUGAAAGUGAACUAUUUACUUACAUGUUCUUUGUGUUGCCUGUUUUUUACCAUUGUAAAUUAAUUACUGAUAUUAUAUUUCUUAAGGAGAAACAUUUAUCUUUGGAAGAGCGCGCAGUAUAUUACUGAGUGAGAAUUUUUUUUAAUGGAAUGGUUCAUGUUAAGACGUUAUGUUGUCAUAGUAUUACAUGUGAUUGCUUAUUAAAUGCACUGUAUUUCAGUUAUAGUAAUGUAAUGUAUUUUAUUGUGCAAAGUUUUUAAUUAUGCUGUUAACUUUGUCUUUUUAAUACUCAAUAUUUUAUACGUGUACUUAUAAAGGAAAUUUUUUUUCUGUUUGGUGUUGUUUAUGUAGCUCAUGAAUGUAUGUGUAUGAGCUAGAACAUGGUUGUGAGAUAAGAAAUCAUCGUUAACAAUACAAAACUGUUGUCUAGCAGUCUAGUUAUUUUUAACACUAUUUACUUGGUUAUGUAGAGAAAUAACUUUUUCACUACUAUUAAAAUUCUGUUCAAUCUAAAGUGAUUCCAAUAUUGAAAAUAAUCAUAAAAAAAUUUUAUUCUUUACUUUUUUGAUAUAAAAUAAAACUACUAGAAUUGAGUUGUCUAAACAGCUGAAAAACGUGAAUUUUGAGAAAACUCUAUGGAAAUUGAUUAAAAAUGCCUAACAGUAUUACAACAAAGAUAUGAACAAAUCAAUUUGUAAAAUUUGUAAUGUAAAAUGCAAUAAUUGUGUCACAUUAUUAUAAGUUUAUUAUUUAAACAGUUUUUUUUAAUUAAAGUAAGAUGAUGUAGUAUUAUUAUGGUGCAAUAAAAUGAAAGUUACAUGAGACUUUUAACUUACUCAUAUAUUGAAAGCAAUUCGAGUGACUCGCAUUCAAUUCUAAGAAAACGAUUUUGUUACUCUCCAUAGGUAAUACAUUAAUAUUGUUAAGAAAAUAUUUCCUUUCGCAGUAAAUGCUUAUAAUUUCUAAUGCAAACAAAUAAAUUUAUCAUAUUCUUUGGAAAAAAAAUAUUCAUAACCGUUAUGUGUGAGUUUAAAAGCAGUUAUUAAUUACACGUAACAAGCACAAGUAUAGUUUAAACUGGGUUCCAUUAUUUUGGGAACUAUUUCAUUAAUCGCCUAUUAUAAAGUACUAUAUUUUAACUUUGUAGAAGGCAAUUAUUUAACAAAGACACACAUUUCAUGACUAGUUAAAAGCAGCGGUGACCUUUAAUUUCAAAAUUGUCCAAACUUGAUCAAAUAUUCCCAAUAUUUCGUAUAUUUAUGGUUAUAGAGAAUUUAAAAAAAAAGAGGUUUUUUUAACAUUUUCAAAAAUGUAUAGGCCUAUGUGAGAAACAUAUUUUUGGAUGAUGGUAUUUGCAUUCGAGCGUUCAACAAACUCCCGCGUUUCAGUGGAAACUUUCUUACCUCUGUCCUAGAGUGCAGCAAACACUUCAGUUUCACGCGAUGGUGACGAGAGAAGACUUGAGUCGUGUUCGGCAAUAGCGCGUUGCUAUGCGAUGCGAUGCCAUACAGCCAGAGCUAUGGCGCACGCGACGUGCAAGACAUUUUUGCGAGCGUCACGUCCAUACGACGGGUAGCAGAAAAAUUGUAGGUUAAUUUUUUUCCCCUUGAAAAUGUUACACAUGAGGUUGAUUACAAUAAAUGAGGUUAUGUAACAAAUUGUAGAAAUACAGAUUGUAUUCCGACAGUAACACUUCAAUGCGCCGUUGUGAAUUUCACUUAAAAGGUGUUUGAAAAUCUUGGUGCAAGAAGCAUUUGCAGGAAUGGUGAUAGGCCAAUACCUAGCUCCCGUCUGUCAUCAUAACAGAAAUAUGACCUUGAAACUUUUUUUCUUCAAAAAAUAUACAAAAGAAAGCAUUACAAGUACAAUGUGUAUAAGUCACGUCAAACUAAUGACAUCUUAAGUACCAAAAUAUGGCAUAAAUUAUUUCAAGUUAAUUAACCCACCUACGUAGGCACACAUGCGUUGUGCGCAGGUUCUGGUAAAACCACGCAUUUUGAAAACCGCUCAAGAUAUCCAAGUGAUGUAUGUUUAACAAAACUUUUAAGAAUAUGCUGAAGGCAUAUGCACAGUAUUGUUUUCGGAUUUCGUCUUUAAACUUUUUUUUUUUUUUUUUUUAGAAGAGUGAAAAUGGCUAAAACGCAUGUUUUCAGAAUAACAUUUUUAUUUUUUGGCAUGAAACUCCCGGUGUAGAUUUUUGAAAGCACUCAAGGUACGUGGAUUACGCCUUUAUCUUAAUUUCUGAGCCAUAUAAUGUUAUGGCCACCACUCAAAUAUCAUAGUUGCCCUUUUCACGACGAGAAUACUACUUGUUAGUCCACAGCUUUGCGCUUAGAAGCUAUACCGAGCUAGUAGCACCAGCGAAUGUCGCACUUAUCAUCCCCAUUCACUAGGCGGGCCUCCUAAUUAGUUAAGUAACGAGAGUGUUUUUUUUUACGAAAUUGAUUUAUUUUAAAUAAACAAAUUUUUGAGUUAAAAUAUUUAAAUUAAAAUCAAAACUAGGUCCUACAAGCUGGGUGUGUACACAAAUAAUUCGUAUCUUAAAGAAUAUAAGUAUGCAAUUCUAGGGACUCUUUGAUGUCUUUAAAGCGCCGAACUUUAGAUCCUUGACACAUUAACGUACUCUAAAAUUAUUUUCCACGAUCACUAGAGCAUGCUCAUUUCUUGUCCUCUUGUGCUACAUGUAUGCUAGAUUUUGUUUAUUUUUGCAUUUGUACUUUAGAAAAUAAAAAAUGAAUCGCUCCUCUUGAGUUUCCUAUUCUAUGCUUUAGAAAAUUAUUCCUCAAAUAUAUUUACAAUGGCAUUGUUGGAAAUUAAACUCUUCUCUUCAAAAUAUAAUAUUGUCAGAUCGGUGUGUUUAAAUUUAAAAAAAAAAAAAUCACUGAGAAUGACUGAUUGGAAUAGAAUGUAGUGAUAAUUGAUUUUUUUGUAUACAACUGUAAAACGAUUCACUAUGUGAGAUACACGACGUUAAGAAAACACUUUUAAGGGUAACAAUUAAAAAUUUUUUUUUAUUUAGUAAAACUAUUUCCCCUGCCACCAAAAUCGUAGUGAUAUAAAAAUUGUAAGAAACACAAAAUCUGAAUUGUUUACUAAAAAGUCAUAAAUAUAUUUAAUUUGUAUUUCAUAAUUAUUGUUACAAGUGCAAAAUCACAACAUUAUACCACCGAAGGAAUACAUUUAUAUUUAUAUGACUGGUGCAUACCUACACAUAGAUAUACUCAUAUGUCUAGUAGUGAGUAUGUUGCAUACACUGGGGUAUACUAGAAUUUAGUGACUGACAUUUCUGCACUAGAAGGUUUUUUUGGUAGUAUUUAAGGCCUUUUUACAGGUGAAUGCAUUCUACUGAUCUAAGAUGGAAAAAAAACCAUGAUCAGUUGGCACACAUUUCGUUUUAUUUGCUAGUGCAAAUUGUAUGUUCAUAAAAAGUUUCAACAUUAUAGGUUCAUGUCUUGUAACUGUAACGCUUAUUCUUUAUGAAAAAUGGAUCACAACUAAGUUAUAGCGAGUCCGAUAACAAAAUUUAACCAUGUUUUUAAAAGUAGUUCUUUGCAUUGGUUCUCCUUGAACGUUUAGGUUAGAUGGUGCAGUAUGUGGGACAGAUGGUGCAGAGAUUAAUAUUUAUCAAAAAAUAUAAUUAUAUCUUAUCACAUUACAUACAAAUACUUUUCCUUUGCUUAAAAUAGGACAAAAGUGUCAGAAUUAAGUUACCUAAUAUAUUUCUAGAAAAUAAUUCCAAAAAUAACUUGGAUAAAGAACUAGAAAAAAAGUAAAUAUUUUCCUACUUACAUACAAACAAUAUUUUGCUUGUACUUAGCAACUUUUCGGUGUGAUGUAGGCAACAGAGUUACAUGAAAUGAACAAAACCAAAAAUGUUCUGUCUUUAGAUAUUUUGACCAUACUAUAGCAUAAAUGUACUUUUAAACAGGUAUCUUUUGAUUUCCUCCUCACUUCAUCCAUACCAAAAAUGUUGCAGUUAUUCACAGACACAUUAAAUGUCUCGUGCAACCACUUUCCGAUCUUUCAUAACACUUAAUGCAUUAAUCUUUCUCACUGUGCAAGAAAAUAGAUUUUCCAGCAGUCUGCUCAAUCAUUUGUGUCACUACUAUUGAAAAGUGUCAUUUUAUAAGCUCUAUGUUCUUUCAUUGCCUUGUCUCAAAAUAUUUUUCUUCUUUGCAGUAUUUCCAUUGCCUCUUGCUGCUUCCAUUUUGGGGAAUUAAUUGAUUUUGUUGAAGACUUCAUGGUUGGUAGAAGGUUUACUCUAAUAUUUUGAUGUGUAUAAGUCGGGGGUGUUGGCUGAUGCAAAAGACAUGUGUGUGGAUGCUAAAAACAGAUACUGGUAAAUCUGGUACUGAUGAGGAAUCAUGCUGGGUUGUUUUAGGAAGACUUUUAAGUUUUCAUAGUAUCUGAAAUGACACUGGGUUUGAAAGGAUGUUUUCCGAAAACUCGGAAACCACGAGCAUUCUUAUCUAUUAAUGUUGCUUUGUUUCGUGCUUUUCCCAAUAAUUGAUCAACUCUGGGUUCAUCGAUCCCCUCUUCAACUUUUUUUUGUUUCAUUACAACCUGUGUUACUUAUUAGUUAUAUUUUUCAGUAGACAAAAAAUCACAAGCCCAAUGUAUGCAAGGCAUGCGUUAAGUGACUUGGUAGACCAAGCAAUACCGCUUUAUUCUGAUCAGCCAGUUCAAUUUCAGUGAGAGAAAUGACCAUCUUAAAUCCGUAGGUUGAAACCAGAAGGUAUCUUUGGAUGACCCCAGGUAGGCUGUUUUGGUUUUCAUAUGCCUAAAUUUAGAACUCGGAGAAAGUCCAUUAGUGAACUACAUUUUCUUAAACACUCCAUUGAGUGCAGGUAGUAACAUACACUCUCUGAAUUAUUACAUGUUACAAUAGUGAUAAGCUCGCCUUUUUUCCCCAGAUGUCACAGUAAAAAUACAUUUUUGAGCCCUUAGCAGUCAAAAUAUGUCCGGUUUAUUAAUCAUUUGGACGCCAGACCCAUCCAUAUUAAAGAUAUUUCCAUACUUAUCAUUAAGUUGCACUUGCUCGUGGUUCCCUGAAACAACUCCCAAUAACCAUCAGCCAAUCACAGCAGAGCACCAGCGCCCUUGCGACAGACCUACCACGCGACUGCCUCAAUCUGUGGUCUAGAUUUCGCAACCUGAAUGAUUCGAACAAUAACGUAUUGUUAAAAUCUUUCAGCGAAAUAACGUAAGUUUAAGAACAACAUUUGAAACAGAAAAAAGUUGCUUCGUCUUUUCCUGAAACUAGGUGCGCUGUCUGUAACUAUAUUUCGGUUGAAAUGGUUCAUUGAGUUGCUCGUAGCGCAAGAUAACAAACAUAGAUAAUAACACACCCAGCAGUCCCUUUUGAUAUAAAUGAAACUGACUAUGUUGUUUUCAUCAUCGUAUAUGGCAGUACGUUCGAUAAUUAAGCGCUCAUAAAAUAUUUUAAUGAAAAAUCAAGUUUUAGGGUACUUGCAAAAAAUAUUCAGUAUAGUCGCAGAUGGGAGCGACUUAAGGCGGAUUUAGCACCACUACGUUCAAGCUGUAUACCUAACGAACACUCGCAACGCAUUUACAGUGACAUCUAGUGAAUAACAAAAGAACCAUAAGAAAUGCGCCUUCCCAACCGGCACAAUCACACGCUGGUUUACUCCACACAUUUUUUUUUUUUGUAAGUUAUUACGUAUGAUGCACGGUUUAUUGCAAGAGCAUACCAUUUGGCUAUUUGUUUUUUGUUCGAGGAUACUUCUUUGAUGUAAGCAACGGGAAUCAACAGCGUAUAAAUUCUUUUGAUUUUUUUCUCGCUAGUAUGUACUUAAUAAUACUACAGUGAAAGAAGUUAAUGAAUUGAAUAAUAUUGUUUGCAUGUACACAUGUUUCUAAAAUUAUGUUAUUUUUGUGUGUUGUAGAUCGAUUUUUAAAGUGAACUCUUUAUUGUGUUGAUAUUCAAAUACUUCAGUGGACUCUGAAGAUUUGGAAGACUAAGACAGGAACCUAAAGACAAUAAUGUAUCUAAAUGUUCUAAUAAUUUACUCUGAUAUUGAGUUGAAUUCAAAGUAAAGAGUAAGAAAUUGUUAAUGUUUGAAUAAAUUUAGCAGAACUGUUCUGAAUAGUUCGUGUCAUACAAAUUGCAAUUGGAACAGUAUUUUUGCAGAUGUAUAAAAAUAAUAUCUAGGCAAGCAAAUGAACUUAAGAAACAGAAAAUUUAAUUCUGGCCAAAGAAGUAACCAGAUAAUCUUUCAUCAGUGUGUGAAAAAUGCAUAGUUGAACUAACUGUUUUUUGGUAAAAAACUAAAUAUUUAUCUAUAUAAAUAUUGCAUCUUGCUGGUACAAUCAACUUGAGCGCAACAUGUUUACCUACAUUAAGAUUAAAGUUCUUUGAAUGUUUGUAUGGUUACGUGUAUUCUAACCAUAAAAAAAUACAAUUUUUAAAUAUUUUUUUUGCUUUGUAGACUUAAUAAAGGUUAUCUGAUAAUCUUGCAGCAGAAUAUCUCAAGUUCAUAUUUACUUGCUAUUUAGUCUUUGGGUUUGAACUAAUAUAAAAUAUAUUAUGAUGUUUAAUUUAAAAUACUCUUUUGAUAUUAUUUUCAAUCAUAGACAAACAUUUUAAAAGGAAGUAAAAAAAAUAAUUACUACAUUAUAGUCAUGGAUAUUUUUUAUAUAGUAGGUUAUUUACAUAGACAGGAAGUCUUAAUUUUUUUAACAGUUUGUUAACAAAUGUAAUCAUAUUUUAUUUCUUUUAUGUGUUAAUCUUUAUUUGAUACAAUUUAUUUAUCUUGGAUGUACAAUGUUAUUCGUUAAGAACUUUCCGCGUUUAUGCAUAUAAACAUACCCAUGUAUAUUAUGAAAUCAAUUCAUUAUACACAUCUGUUGGUUGUAUAUUGAAACAUAUUUCUUUAGUCUUUCAUAUAUUUUUCCAGUCAAUAAUAUGAAAAGUUUGUAGAAUAUAUUUACCGUAUUCUUGAAAAAUUACGUCCAGACUAUUCAAAAUAAAUGACUGCGUACUGCUGCGAAGUUACUCAGAAAUAUUUUUAUGUGUUUGGGGCAGGAUUUAAUUUUAUAAAAUAGUAUUAUGAUGGUAAAAAAGUAAUUUAUUAUGCUGAGUACAAGCCCAUGAAUAAUGCAGCCAAAAUUUUCUCUAUCAAUAAUAGAAUAAAAUCCUAAGUGUAACUAAGCGUACUGAAUAAACUGAAAUGGUGUAAAAUGUUUUAAGGAGGCAGGUAGCUAAUUACAAUUAGCUGCCACCCCGUGUUCGCAUUUUCGUGCUUCAAGCUGCCAUUGGUGAUUUGCAAUGUGUGUUCCUGAGAAACCAUUAUCCUGUCAUGCACGGGGCCACAUAAACAUUCAGUUUAGGGUUUCCGAAAAUGAUACCCCGACUGCAAUGUGGUGACGAACACACACCUUGAUUGCUAGAUAUCGGGCUCCAUCGAAAAGCAGUACCUUUAUUAGCCAUAGAGCAUGCAACGGGCUGAUAAUCGUGUCUGAUUUAGGCUUUAAGCACAGAGAAGCUUCCACUUAAGUAGAACUUGAUUUGAGCUCGACCUCAGAUUCGAUGAUAAUUUUAAUGAUACUUUUUGUUAGUUGCUGGCGUUAAAUUUUAAAUUUUUUCAAUAAAAAACCUGCCUCCUAGAAUUUUUUAAUAUUUUUAUAACGUUUGUUUUCAAUGGAGAAUCUCUUCUAUGUUGAAAACGAAUAUAUUCAACUGUAUUCAGGGACUUGAUCAAAUCAUACCUUGGAUAACGUAAAAUAAAUUCAAUACAUUCUUAGUGUGUAGACGUAUAAAUUUAAUGUAAUUUUAUAAUUUUCAUUUUAAAUACAUUAUAAUUUAAAACUAAGGUAUUACAAACUUGUGUUGUUUAAAGCAUGGCGCUACAGGGAAAUGUAAAAGUGUUUCACAAAAUAAGACCAAAGCAUAUAAAAUAACAAACCAGUUAAGGAUUUUAGUUUGUCAGUAAACAGGAAAAUUAUUUAUAAUCAUACUCUCAUUUCAGUUAAUUUUCUUAUUCGUAACUGACGGAACUGCACUGUGUAGUGUUAACAGCAAACACUUUUCCGGUGGAAGAAAGAAUUUAAUUUCAAGUCUGAAGUAUAAUACAGCAUGAACUCAUUCGUAUAAUUAUAGUGUGUAGAAAAAAAUGAAGAUUAUAGAACCAUUUAACUAUUCCUUAAGUUGAAAUACGUGUGUUUGAGACUUGUUUAGUAAUUAUUUAUUUUUAAUUCUCAGAAUAUUGUGUUACAUAUAAUUACUGUCGGGAUAGUGUCUGACCACUUCACCUUACAGUUAUUUUCAGUGAGUUCCUCUCGAUGAUAUUUCUUCUGUGGUUUAAUUUACAGUGUGUGAUACUCCAUGAAGAUGAAACAUUAUUUAAAUUUUUUCAUCUAAAUAAAUAUUAAAAAUUUUAUUGUAUUUUAAAUUGAACUGUAAUAUAUUAUUGUUCAAACAAUUGUAAUAUGUAUGCAGUAUUGAAUUAGCUCAUACAUCCAUACAUUAAAACUGUACAUAUUAAAACAAAAUUUACUGUGUAACAAUUGAAAAUGUUUAAUUUGUAGAUAAUUGUUUGUUAUUUGUGAGUUUAAUAUCGUGAGCUUAAAAAUGUAUUAAAUAUGCGAAAAUAUGCUUAUCACUUAAAAACCAAAGAAUUCUUAAAGAUGUGUGUUUUUUACACAAUGGAAGAUUAUAUGUAGCAAUAUGAUGUCUUGCAGACAUAAAAUUCCAGCAUAUUAAAUAAAUACGAUGUAAUUUUUUUGUAUA